AAUGGGCGUAAUACAAAUGAAGUGAAUUAUUCCUGGAUUACAAGCUUUUAAAAGUUGUUACACAGAUUUGGAGUAACAUUGGUUAGAUUUGUGAUUUUUCCUGAUAUCAAUAAUCCUAGUAGUAUCAACUCUGUGAGUGAAAUGGCGACCAGCACACACACCGAAGAUAACGAGAGCAGAAUUCGAGAAGGAUUUAUUUGUCCUAUUUGCAUGGAAGAUUUGGCUACAGAUGACCAGUUACUUCUUCAUUUCGAAGAAGCUCAUGAUACAGAAGAGGAUAAGGAUGUAUUACAGGCUUUCAAAGACUUUCUUGGCAAGGCUAAGAAGAUUUUGAAGUCAGACAAUCCUUUUGAUAUUCUGGAGAAAACUAGUUCAAAAUCCAGUAGUCAGCAAAAGCAGUAUCAUGUUGAAUGGGAUCCUCAAGAUUUUGGUGUAAUACAUAGUCACUGGUCGGAUUUCCGUAAGUUCCGGAGUAACCGAAUGGACUUUUACGCUGCCGAAACAAACAAAUUAAUCAUUCGACUAGAUAAAAUUGUAUCUUGCUUACCCAGUGAAGCUGCGAAAAGACGGGAGCAUGAACAAAACAUAGUUACUUGGGUUAACGACGAGGACGUUCAGCUAUGCCCGCAAUGUGCUAAAUCAUUUAACAUACUUAGACGGAAACAUCACUGCCGUGUCUGUGGUACCGUACAAUGCCACCAAUGCAGUCAAUUUCUCUUGCUUUCAUUUGCAAGGAAACUGACAAAUCCCAGCUAUAUUCCAACCUUAGAUGACAACAAGGAGAAACCAAGUCCUCCUAAGAGAUUAACUCACGCUGCCUUCCAUGCUCUUAAAAGGACUGGAUCUACCACUAGUUUGACGUCACUGACUUCUCUAAUUGAUACCGAUACGGGAGAAGGUCACAUCAGAGUUUGUUAUUAUUGUAAACAGCUUCUUGAACGACGCGAACAGCAAAUGGACAGCCGAAGUCAAAACGCUGUCAUCGCCGAACUCUAUAAUGAAAUGCGGAAGUACAUGGAAAAAGGUGCCGAACUCAUGCCGGUUUUCUUGAAAAUGCUCGAAUCUUUUAGUCAAGGUGAAUCUACUUACAAUUUGAAAGAUGCUCAAGAAUGUCGUCUGAAACUAUUGAAAAUUGCCGAAUACGUUGACGGCUACAGUAAAAAAAUCCAGUCUCUCGGAAUUGAUGAUGAGAAAAAUCCCACGUCUGGCACUGCCCUGUCAUUACAACUCAAAAUUCGUCUUUCUGCAGUAAACUUCUUGAAAGAAAAUCUACUUGGAUUGCCGAACUUGCCCACUGAAGAACAACUUAUAGUGCUGCAAGCUGAGAGGCGUCAAGCAAUCGAAAAACGCAUAGCUCAAGAGAAAAAAGCUGUUUUUGAAAAGCGGGAAACAGAAACUAGACGUCAACACAUGGAUAAUCAGAAAGAUUUUGAAGCAGUGUCCGUAGAUAGAGGUUGGGGAGUAGAAACCUCAAACAUAAGAAACGUAAAUGAGUCGGACGAUCCGAUGCUACAGCAAAUGCAAAUAAUGCGGAAUUACAUUCAACAAGCUAGGCGUGCAAAUCGUUACGACGAUGUUGUUAUCCUGGAGGCAAACUUACGUGAUCUUCAGAUUGAACACGAGAGAAUGCAGUCUCAGUCAUAAGAUUUCGAUCGACAUUCCAUCAAUUGAUCAAAUAUAGAAUGGUCAAAUAACAUGUUUAUUCGCCCCCAACAAUGUGAUAUUCGUUAUUUUGAAUGCGAUAUAUAAUAAUGAAUGCAACUUCCGUUUUUUGUUCAAAAAUGCAUAUAAU